UUUAAAUGUGUGUGAGGGAGAGAGCGAAAUGGCUGCGCAGGUCGCUGCGGUACGCGCCGUGUCCCGGGGCGCGGAAGAGACGCCUUCGCUGCCACUCGGUGACCGGCCUGGUCGACCGAGGGGUGGAGGGAGGAAGCGGAAAGGUCCUCUCGGGGAUGCCGGGAGCUGCAAGAGGGCGAAGUUGAGCCAGCCCCCGCUUACGGUGAGGCCCUCUCAGGCAGAGCCUCCGCUGCCGCCGGCCUCCGUUCCCGGCCUCCCAGCGACUCCUGCCGUGCCUUCCGCCCCCGCUGGGCUUUUUACUUUCUCUCCGCUUAGCCUGUCCCCGCAGGCCCUGCACUGCGAGCGACGACAUCACCACCGACACCGGCACCGUCCGGACAGUGGGGACUCGGAGCCUGGCCAUUCCUCUGGGGAGAAGCCCCACAAGGGUAGGCGGGGAAGCUCCGGUGACGGGGCUCUCGGGCGGCCCAGCAAACGAGAAACCAGAGAUGAAAAUGGCAAGACGGAAAGAUCUGACAGUCUUAUUGUAAAGAAAAUAAAGAAGAAGAAGAAAAAGAAACAUAGAGAAGACAUGAGAGGGAGGCAUCUGAAAAUGUACAACAAAGAAGUACAGACAGUGUGUGCUGGUCUUACCCGUAUCAGCAAAGACACUUUGACUCCAGGGGAGAGUGAUAAUUUGGAAGAGAACAAGGAAUCUUUUAGGUAUCUAAAAGACGAACAGCUGUGUCAGUUGAAUGUGGGCAUGGAGGAAUAUAGGAUACCCCAGGGGGUGCAGUCUCCAUUUACUACUCACCAGGAGCAUUCUGUUCGCAACAGCUUCUUAAAAACAGGCACUAAAUUUAGUAAUUUUAUUCAUGAAGAACAUCAAUCAAAUGGAGGAGCUCUAGUUCUUCAUGCCUAUAUGGAUGAACUCUCAUUUUUGUCUCCAGUGGAGAUGGAGAGAUUUGCAGAAGAGUUUCUUGCUUUGACAUUCAGUGAAAAUGAGAAAAAUGCAGCUUAUUACGCUCUAGCGAUAGUUCAUGGGUCAGCUGCAUACUUGCCAGACUUCUUGGAUUACUUUGCUUUCAAUUUCCCUAGCACUCCAGUGAAAAUGGAAAUCCUUGGUAAAAAAGAUAUUGAAACAACCACCAUUUCAAACUUUCACACUCAGGUCAGUCGAACGUACUGCUGUGGAACUUACAGAGCAGGUCCGAUGAGACAGAUCAGUCUUGUUGGAGCAGUAGAUGAAGAAGUUGGAGAUUAUUUUCCAGAAUUUCUUGAUAUGUUAGAAGAAUCUCCAUUUCUUAGAAUGACUUUGCCUUGGGGUACUCUUUCAAGUCUCAGACUUCAGUGUAGGUCACAAAGUGAUGAUGGGCCCAUUAUGUGGGUAAGACCUGGUGAACAGAUGAUCCCAACAGCUGAUAUGCCAAAGUCACCAUUCAAAAGGCGCAGAUCUAUGAAUGAAAUAAAAAAUCUCCAGUAUCUACCUCGGACCAGUGAACCCCGUGAAGUUCUAUUUGAAGACAGAACAAGAGCGCAUGCUGAUCAUGUUGGACAAGGGUUUGAUUGGCAGAGUACAGCUGCUGUUGGAGUUUUAAAAGCUGUGCAGUUUGGUGAAUGGAGUGACCAGCCUCGUAUAACCAAAGAUGUUGUUUGUUUUCAUGCUGAAGAUUUCACUGAUGUAGUUCAAAGACUUCAGUUGGAUCUGCAUGAACCUCCAGUAUCACAGUGUGUUCAAUGGGUUGACGAAGCUAAGCUAAACCAAAUGAGACGAGAAGGGAUUCGUUAUGCCAGAAUCCAGCUAUGUGACAAUGACAUCUACUUCAUCCCUAGAAAUGUCAUUCAUCAGUUCAAGACAGUGUCAGCUGUCUGCAGUUUAGCUUGGCAUAUAAGACUCAAACAAUACUAUCCUGGGGCAGAGGAUUCUCAGUGUAUGGAAAACAUUUCAAAUAUGGACACGGUGAAACUGGAAAGUGAAGACCAAUGUGUACUUAUGAAAAAAGAGUCUGAAGAAGAAAGAGAAGUGCAGACUGCAACAAUAGCAUCACCACCACUGUUUUCACCCCUGUCAUGACUUGUUCUGCAACAAGAUUAGCUGGUUGCUCCUUCCAGCUUUUAAAACUAGAGUCAGAUCAGCAACACAAUCCACAGAAGGAUCAUAUACUCUUUCUUGUCUGAUAUGUACAUAAUCAUACAUUUUUAAACAGCUUUUUAAAAUUUUGAUGUGAAGUUAUAGUUUUAUAACUGGGUUAUGUUUUAUUGGAGAAAACUUGCCUAUAAUUCUAUAAAGAAAGGUGACAUUCCAAAAUGUCAAGCGUAUCUUUUUUACACAGAUUAUGCAAAGUUAGAGUUGUAUUUUAUUCCCUUAGUACAGCAUGUAGUAGUGGACUACAACUUUUUGCAUUUCUUUUUUUAAGGGAUGAGGUAAAUAAUUCAACAUCUCAAUACUUUUCCUUCAGGAAUAUCAAGUAUUUAACACUUGAUAAGUCUGAUAACUUUUCAUCUAUUUUAUCUUUAGCUUUCAGCAUAAAAGGGAUGGUUUCUGUGGCAGAUUCACAAAGUGACUCUCCCUCCCAUUCAAUUAAUGGCUUGAAUGAAAGAGAAAGCACAGCACUUUUAAUGAUCAAUGACAUUUGUAUGUGUGAGAGUUUGAAAGCCUGGAGGAAGCUCAAGUUACCAGCAGUGUAGAUUAAUCCUUAAUUGCUUAAGAAGACAUUCAGUAAGAAGUUGAUGUAUGAGAUUAGUUGCAGAGUGUAUGAUCUUGUUGAAAUGAAAUUACCGAUACAACUCUUUCGUGGUCCUCUGCUUUUAAUGUAUAUUGGAAUAUUUUUUUAAUAUCUUUCCGAACUGCAUAACUUAAUACACUAGUGUCUAAUGAAAGUAAUUGUUAGCAGUCUCUUCGAUGAAACUGCUAUCUUUGAGCACUUUAAGGCUUUACAAUAUUUAAACCAACUUGGUGGCUUGUUUAAUUCACAGUAGGCAUCUUAGAGGGAAACCAUCAACUCCUUCGCAUUGAGGCACUUAAUAUAAUAGGGCAGGCCUAUAUCUCCUUUAUUCUUUGAAAUUAUAUAUAACUGAUUCACAAUAAACUGUCACAUAAUCACAUAUGGAUUGCUACUUUUGCAAGUAAUUCUUGGAUUCCUUAAUGCUAUAUUGGAAGAUUAAACAGCACAUAUUAGUAUAUUCAGUAUAAUUGGCUAAUGUUAUUUAGCAUUCCUUUAAUAUUUCCCAGCAUUAAAUAGUUUCAGCUUUAAAUUCAUUGUAUACAGAACAAUGCUAGUUUUGAAUAGUAAAAUGAAAUUGCCCCCCUCAUAUGUAGGAUCUGAACUUUAUCACGAUUUAAUCAAAUUUAUUUGUAUUUUUUAAUCUGUUUUUAAUGUAGAAGAGAAUGGGAGUGCUACACCAAUGCAAGUCAAGAAAGCAGUCGUGGGAAAAAUGCAAAUAUUUGUAUGUUUGUAAUAGCAAUUACUUUGUGCAAUAUUGUUUUGUGUAGAUUAUAUGCAUAUUAGCACCUCAGUAUAGAGGACACAGUUUUAAACAAAUAGCAAAAUAAUCAGAAAACUUUGCAGUAUUUAGAUAGAACUUGUAUUACUCCUGAUAUAUACAUGUUUAUGUAUUGACUUUGGUGCAGUCCUGAAGACUAGUAGAAAAAUUUUCAACAAAUUGAAUUUCCAUAUUGAAGUGGUAGGGACUUUCUAAAUAAUCUGUGUAAAUAAGGUGUUUAGGUUGAAACCUUUUUACAAAAGGUAGUGAGUUCUUAUACAGGAGUGUAGCUUUUAAUGAAAAAUUCUAGACUGAUCAAUACUGGUUCAGAAAACCUCUGUGUACUCUUGCUUUUUACAUUUUUUUUACAGUUAUCCAGAAUUUUCAAAAGCUGUAGCUGGCUGUCCUAAGUAAAAUUCUUCAUAGACAAUAUGGGCUUCAGUACUUCAUUUACGUUUCACCAACUCCACAUUUUUGCAUUUUUCUUCCACUAAUUUUCCUCGUCUUCCAAACUUCAAUUUCCCACAGUUAAAGUUAUGUAAAUAACAAAUACAACUCCAGAUGUGUCACUUGGAUAUUUCAACUGCAUUGAAUUGCACUGUGUGCUAUAUGAUCACUCAGGAGUUGGAUUUAAAAAAUAAUUGAAUGAAAAACUGUUUAUUACUUCGCUUAUCCUGUUUUUGAAAUAUACAUUAGAAAAUUAUUUCAAAUUCUACAAUCUAGUAAGACAUAGAAUAAGAUGAAAAUAGUAGUUGGAAUCUAAACUUGCUCCUUUGAGAGCAGAAUGAGGUUUUUCUAUUGGCAGAGGGAACCAGGAUUCAGAGAAUCCAUUCAGCUAGAGGAAAAAAGUUUCCCAAUUCUCCGGAGCAUUUCUUCAUUAGGGGAGGAGAAGAAUUGGCAAAAGAAAAGAAUUGGCCAAAAUUACCAAUACCCAUUUUUUUUCAAUGUGAACUCCAUUGUGCAUAGGUCUGGAUCCAGUUCAAUAACCUUAAAGGGUUUUUUGUGUGCAUCACGUUAUAGCAAUAGGCUUACAGGAUAAGCCUUUUUUUAAAUUAAGAAACAACCUACUAAAAGUAUGUGAAAUGAGUAUUCAUGACUUUGCCAUUCAUGAAAGAUUAAAAAGAUUAAAUAAAUGAUUCUGAAGCAGCAUCCCACAUCUUUCCAGUUCAAGAGUUUUGUGUCAAAAUUUUAUGGUAUUAUGUAUAAAUGUAUUCAACUUACAUUUCAACCAUCAAAUAUAUUUUCUGUCACCUAUUUUGAUUUAAUAAUACAUAUAGUCUUUACUGCAAUUACUUUGGCCACAUCUUUACAACAGUUAAAAAGUAUGAAUUGUCACUAUUACUGCAUUCCCUAGCAAAUACCAAAGAAGUCUGGGCAUGAAUUUUGGUGUAUCUGCCAGGACUCUGCUUAUUUCUCUUUAUGCCUAUAGUUCACCUCAUACUGCUAGACUGUUUUUCCUAGAAACUCCUGAGAUUCAGAAUUUAAGUUUUUUCAGGAGUACGAAGAAGGCUCAGUCAGAAAGCCUAGUGCAUGCAUCUCACUCUGGCUCAGUGGUUAAGAUUCUUAUUAUAGGAACAGUUAAAAAAAAAGCACUACAACUGAUGUACUAAUCCAUGUAUAUUCUAGAGUAAGAAAGACCGAUACAAAUACUUGAGUGAAAAAUAAUCA